AUGCCCCUGAAUACCUUCGCAUUGAGUCUGGCCCUCACUCCGACCGUCCUCCAGACCCUGAUCUCUCAUUACCUCCACCGCAAAUCUCUCCACCACAAACCCAACGUCCACAUCUCCUACGAUGAAAGCAUCCGCAUCUUACGCGAAUUCCUCAUCUACGCCUCCAAGCAUAGCCUAGAAGACCUCCAAACCUUCACCUGCCAGCGGGUGCCCGCGCCGCAUUGGGUGAAGCUCGAGACCGUGACCGUGCCGGAGGACUGUCUCCUCGGCGCAGCCGAUGCGAUCAACAAGCAGCUCGGCCCGAAGGGCAUCGCCCGCGUGGGCGGGAAAGAAUGGUGGCAGUGGCGCGGCCCCGCGGAGGACUUGAAGGCGGAAUGGAUCGAGAUGAAGGAGGACUACAACGAGCGGAAGCGCACCGAUCGCGACCAUCCCAGCCAGAAGCGCAUCAUGUUGUACAUCCAUGGCGGGGCGUACUUCUUCGGCAGCUUGGAUACACAUCGGUAUCAGAUGCAGCGCCAUGCGCGGAAGUUGAAGGGGAGGCUAAUCCCCUUUUCAGCCAAAUAUCGCCUGGCGCCACAGUUCCCCUUUCCUUGUGGAAUGCAGGAUUCACUGGCGGCUUACCUGUUCCUGCUGAAGGAGCAUAAGCCUGAGGAAAUCCUCUUUGCCGGUGACUCUGCUGGAGGAGGGCUGGUUCUCUCUAUGCUGGUUCUCCUACGCGACCAAGGGCUUCCUCUGCCGGCGGGGGCAAUCUUGAUUUCGCCCUGGGUGGACUUGACCCAUUCAUUCCCUAGCAUCGUCAAAGACAAUCCCGGGGACUAUAUCCCUCCGUACGGUUUCAUGCACAAGCCGUCCCCGGCGUGGCCGCCCCCUAACGCAGACGAGCUUGGUUCUCUAAAGAAAGCACUUAAAAGGAGCCCGGCGAAGCCCAGCGAUGCUGUCCCCGAGCAAAGUAGGCGAGACGAAGAGACGGCAGAAAGGGGAUACUCGAUGCAUAAGAGCAGCUCCUCCGAAGCCGACCGCACUAACUCGGAUCGCCAGUCCACCGAAAUCCAUAACGAGAAGAUCAGCAUCCCAACUGACGGAGAAACGGUCGAGAUCAAGGACCAGAUUCACAUGUAUGCGACCAACGAACUUUUAACCCACCCGCUCGUUUCCCCUAUCUUCCAGCCUUCUCUCGGAGGACUACCUCCACUGCUGAUUCAAAGCGGUGGCGGGGAGAUGCUGAGGGACGAGCAAUUCUACGUGGCCCACAAGGCGGCCAACCCGGCCGCAUACCCGCCUGGCGAUGCGUUUCUCGACGAGCAUGACCCCAACCGGGAAACUCUUCACAAGUAUCAGGGAACCUACGUUCAACUCCAGGUCUGGGAUGACCUCUGCCAUGUGGCGCCGACUCUGAGCUUCACUCAUCCGGCAAAGUACAUGUAUCGGGCGAUUGCGCAAUUUGGUGCUUGGGCUCUUGCAUGUGCGCAAGACACGGAGGUCGAGAUUGUCGACGACCACGGUGUAUCCAGCGACACGGACAGCAGCGAGGACCCAACCAAGAGAGAAUCGGAGAACUCUCACACCCCCGUCGACUGCAUUGGCAAGGCCGGGGACCCCUUACCCGCGUUCAAGGACCGCAUGAUCCGGCAGCGAGUGGACAAGAAGGGCAACGUGUACCCCUUGGAUCCCCCGUCGGCGUGCUCCGUGCUUCAAAUCCCCCCGUCCAAAGUGGGGGUGUUCAACCCCGUGCUCGUGCGGAAGUGGCUGUCAGUAAAGAAGGAUUGGGAUACCAGAUUCGCCAAGGAGAAGCUCCGUGUCCAACGACAGCGCAUGAAGGAGCUGGCGUACGGACUCCAGAACUUCCAAGGCGAGCUGCCACCGCCGAGCUCUCUGGCUGCCCGGCGCACUGUUCCGCGCGUGUUGCCAUCCAGGACUGGCGGCAAGAGCUACCCGAUGACUAUGUGGAGCAAGAUGGCCAGCAAGCAUGACGAGCGCACCGUGGUCAAAGAACAGUUGAAGGGCGACCGGUCCACACGGACGAGCGUCGAUGCCGGCCAGGCGGGCGCGUCGAUGAAGGCAGAGGCCGCGCAGCAGACGGACGAGAACGCAUCCGCCACCCAGCGCGCCGCCGCCGUGACCGGCGCCGCCGUACAGGACUUCUCCACCAAGCCCCAGCCGAAUGGCCUGAGCAAUGGGGGUGGUUCGACGGGAACGAAGGUUCCCUCCGAGGAAGAUGAUGAUACGCGCGAUCAAUCAGCGAACUCACAUACCAAAGUCCCUUCGCUCGAGAAUUUCACUCCCAUGCUCGUUCUGCCGGGAUACGAGGGGAAAAACUUGGAAGAAGAGAACGCCAGCACCCGCGCGCUCUUCCAUGAAGCGGGCGCUAUCCCGAACACAGGCGAUUCCCACUGGGCUUCACGACUGCGACACCGGGCUUCGUCCAAUGCCGGGUCGGGCACCAUCCGCAGCGGGCUCACCACCGAGCCGCCGGAGGACACGAGCACAAUCGGCGACGAGAAGUCUCUGGCCGUGACGACAACGAAUGGGCUCGAUGCCGCGAGCACCCGUGCUGUGCUCAAUGCCAAGGGAGUGCUGGGCAUGGCCAGCGAUAACGAAUCUGCGUAUCGCUCGUUCGAGGCUCUGCCUAGUGAGCUUGGGGACGGUGAGGUAGGCACCCCGGGGCUUGGUCCUGAUGGUCACGAGGCAGAGUCGACGCCGCGGCCUGGAUUGCCUGACCGGGAGUACUUCAAGACGGCGGAGGAGUACGUUGCGCACUGA